AUCUGUGUCUGUCUGUAACAUGUAGUGACGUCGCUCUGCAUCACACCGUGAGAGGAGCUGAUGCUGAGGAGGAAAUAUAGGACAACAGGAGGAGGAGGAGGAGGAAGAGGAGGAGGGUCUGCAGAUAACAAAUCAUAAAGAGACCCAACAGAGAGCUGCAGCAGACUGAGCUGCACCAUCUGCAUCCAGCACCAGUCGUGUCUCAGCUCCAGCAGGAUGAAGGGGUUGCAGCAGCUCAGCCUGCCCGGAGCGUGAGGAGCCUUCCUGGGCUCCGUCUGCCUCGUCCUCCCCCCUCCUCACCGCUCUGUGUGGAGCUCUGAUCCUUCAUCUGUCCGUCCGUCAGUCUGCAGCAUCUCUCCAUCAUCAGCUGUAAUCAUGGAUGGACUCCGCCUGCCGCCCGUCAUCGAGGAGGUCCUUGAUCCAUCCGACGAGCUGUGCGAGCUGAAGGUGGAGAAGCCGAUCAUGUUGGCAGAAACUCUGACGGCCAAAGAGAGGGAGUCCAUGGAGGAGAAGGAGGAGACGGUGGGAGACGGAGAGAAAGGCCAACAGGAGGAAGAGAAGGAGGUGACGGAGGAGAAGGAGGAAGAAGAGCCGGAAGGAGGAGGAGGAGGAGGAGAAGGGAAGGAUGAAGAGGAGGAGCUGGAGGAGCUGAGAGCUCAGGUGUUUCAGCUGCUGCUGGAGGUGGAGGAGGCCAGAGAGAUUUCACAAAGACACGAGGAGAGUUUCCUGGAGCUGCAGGGUCUGUUAGAGGAUGAGCGACUGGCGAGUGCUCAUCAGGCGGAGAGUUUCACCAGACAGAUCCAGAGGCUGCAAGCUCAGCUCCGGUCGGUGCAGGAGGAGAUGGACAGUCUGGAGGAGGAGAAGGAGAGCGAACUAGAGGAGGUGCAGGAGGAGCUCCGAUCUGCUCAGGAGGAGGUGCUGAUGCUGCAGCAGGCGGCUGAGGAGGCGGCAGCAGAGAGGGAGAACGACAUUGCCUCCCUGCAGGAGGAGCUGUGUCGGCUGCGGGCUGAGCUGCAGCGCCUCCAUGCCACGGCGCAGGAGUACGAGCUGGAGAUCACCACGCUGAGGGCGGAGAUCAGCAUGAAGAGCAACAACACAGGUGAUGUGAGUCACUUAAAGGACGAGUUCAUCUCUCUGACCGAUGAACGUCAGUUUCUGGACGACGACAACAAAGACCUGAGCAGCAAAGUGGAGAAGCUACAGAAGAAACAAGACAUGUGUGAUGACGUCUACCUGGCCGUCACUGACACUGAGCGUGAGCAGGUGAAGGCCGACUCUUACAUCACUCUGUCUCAGUCCAGUCCUGAGCAACAGGACAGACCCCCGGAGGAUGAGGAGAAGGUCUGCAGCUCAGAGCUCAACAUCCUGAAGGUCCAGCUGAGACGAGCAGAGGACACGGCUCACAGAGUCCAGACUGAGUGUGACAGUCUGAAGGUGGAGCUGGUGGACCUGCAGCAGCUGUACGACAGCAGCCAGCGGGAGCGAGCGGCGCUGGAACAGGAGCUGCAGCGCUGCAAGGCCGAGCUACAGAAACUGGUGGGCAGGAAGUCACAGAACUGCACUGGUGCGUCUGAGCCCCCUGUUCUCUCCAUCCCCUUCAUAGGAAUGAUUGUUAUAGUGGCCUUGAUUUGGUGCUGGUGGGAGGAGCUGGCGUCCUAGAAGGGACCAGCAGAGAGACACUGAAGGCUGGAACCUGGCGGUGGCAGCGGUUGCCAUGGCAGCCAUUGUAGUUCUGGUCGUCCCCAGCUUCACCAGGGCCUGAGGACUACACGGGAAGUGACCUCACCAUGAACUCUGGGAUUGUGGGAUUGCCGUCACCCAUCCUGCGCCGCCCUCAUACAUGUUGCUGUCCUGCUUGUCGCAUCGCUGAGACGUUUUCACCAGAAGGCCUCCGACGCCAAUGAGUUCUGGAAGGAAAAGCAAUAAGAUUGUUGAAUUUACUUAAAGACUCUGAACUCCUGCAGGUCGUCGAUCAAACAUCCACCAUCAUGAUCCAAGAGUCCAACUGGGAGCUCUGGUUUUGAAUUAAUUUAUUAGUUUUCCAUUGAUUUAAAAAAAAAUGAUCUGGGGUGGAUCAUUAUAAACUGUUUGUCUCCUUGCAUGGUGGAAGAAGUACUCUGAUCUUUACCGAAAUAAAAGUACUCAUACCACAGUGUAAAAAUACUUAGUUACAAAUCCUGCAUUCAAAAAUGGUACGCAAAGUUUAUCAACAAAAUGUACUUAAAGUUCUCAAAAUGCAAAACAGCCCGUUUCAGAGUGUCAUGUUAUAAUUAUAUAUUUCAUAUUUUUCCAGUAAUGCAGUAUUUUACUGUCGCGGGUUGAGGAAGGGCCGAUUCUGACGACUUCAAAGUACUAUAAUAUAUAUUUAAAAACAGUCAUAUUUUAUUUAAUAAUACGUGUUUUGUAUGUAAAAUUUGAACUUACAAAGUAACCUAAGUUAUCAGCUAAAUGUAGUGGAGUAAAUAGAAUAAUAUUUCCCUCGGAAAUGUGUUGCAGUAGAAAUAUAAAGUAGCAUAAAAAGUACCUCCAGAUUGUGUUUGCGUACUUGAGUAAAUGUACUUAUUUAUUUUCUUACACUGUUUACAGUCCAUGUGGUCCUGUGGUGUCGAAUUAGAAACUGAAGAUAUAAAACACACAAAGCUGCUGAUUUAAUAUUCAACAUAAGAACUGUUCUCUCUUUAAAUUCUUUAGAGCUGCAACUUCCGGUCACUUUUAUUUAAACUAUUUACCAGUUAACUGAUUAAUCAUUUGGUUUGUAAAAUCAAAACUGAAACCAUCUCUAAAGAUCUCUUCCAGAGAAAAGUAGCAAACAUUUCGUAUGUUAAUGAUCUAAUCUAAUAAUAUUUUUGUCGACUGACAAAUUGUUUCAGCACUAAAUUGUUUGCCUUAUUUUUCCGCACUGGAUUUAAACAAUAUUUUGCACUCUCUGAGUUGAUGACGGAGAUAACGGUAGCAGAUUAAUUUAGACUGUUUAGUGUUUUUAAUUCAUUAAUUCUGCUCUAGUGGUUUAAUGCUGAAUAUUAUCUUAUCACGUGUUUAUCAUUAUUGUGGAUUAUUUAACAAAUUUGUUUUGUAGCAUGAGAAAAACAGCAAAUUUAAGGAAAUAAUUAUUAUUUUGCCUUCCUAUCCCUUUACAGAUCAAUGUAAAAUGUCUGUAUUUGUAUGUUUAUAGUACCAAACCAGUAGACUGAACAUCUACAGCAGCAAAAUAGCACUUUUAUAAACUUUAGAAAGGUAUUUGCUGGAGCUGAAUCAUUCCGAUGAGAGAUUAUUUGCAUCGACUGAUUUCACUGUGCCAGUUUUAAGAUCAGAUGGUGCCUGAGUAGCUUUAUUUUUGCACAGCAGGUGCAACUGUUGGUGAAUGAUUCUGGGGACAGAUGCUCAACCAGCAGUUUAUGUUUCAGAAAAUGUAUUCAGAUUGCUUCUGUCACUGUAAAUGUAAAAUCUGUUUCUUAAUUCUACAGAUGAUACUUUAUUUGAGAUCUGAAAAGAUCAGCAAAAGUAACGCUUUUGAUGACAUUUUUAGAUUGAAAAAGGAUAACAGUUUCUCGUAUUCAGCCCCAUUCCAACAGGAUUAAUAUCAUAUUUGAAUAUAAUUACGUUCAUUGUUCCUGAUGCCCAUUUAGCCACUGGAGAAAUACAGGAGGUGGCUCUGGUGUGGCAGAGAUGAUUAUAUAUAGUGAAUGUCAGAGGACCAUGGAUAGAGCCUUGGAGAACACCAACCUUAAAAAGACUGACUGAACUAAAAUAUUGUGAUGUAGCACAAGUAGAGAACUGAAAUUCUGUAAAAUAUGAGUGGCAGCACUGAACAUGAGAAAUGAGUUUAGGUAGCAAAUCUGGAUGUUGACAUGUGGAGUGGUACAUUGUAUAUUUAUGUAUUACAUCGUGUAUUAUUUAUGUUAAUAGUAAAUACCAGAGGACCAAAAAUAGAACCCUGUGGGACACCUUUACCAGUGGUUUUUUGAUUUGGAACCACAAAACAACUCCUGCUCGGGCUCAAACCUAAAGAUAGUCAUAAAACCAAUCAAUAGACCAUAAAUAGUCCUAAAAUGGAUCGUUUUUUGUCUGUAGCAAUGAGAAAUAGUGAAAUAUAUUCUGUCUGAACAGGGCUGCAGAGGGCGCUGCAGAUCAGAUCUGUAUUCCUGCCUAGAUUUUAGUUGUUAUUGUGCCGGGUCAGAAUGAACACACUUCCAUUUGUUCAGAUUUUAUGUUUUAAUCUUUUUAUUGGGGCCGAUUAAUUUCCCCCACCAUCUUCUUUUGCAAAGUUUCAGUUUUUGAAGGGAUCCUGAUAGACGCCUGAUUUAUGUUUACAUUUAAGUGGUGACCAAAAUAAUCAUAGAAAAUACAAUCAGAUGUUCAAAUGACUGUGAUCCUGUUUAGGUUGGAAUCAUGUGACCAAUUGCAACAACUUCAGAAUAAAAGACAUUCCAGUUUAAAUAUAAGCGCUAGCGAUGAGACACUUUUGUGAAUUUAACGAAACCUUCCCUGCUCGCUCUGCUCAGUGCGGACAAAUAACUGAACCAAUGUACUCAGCUGUGAUGAACCGUGUACACGACAGGUGAAGUGGCAUUAACCUGACAAAGCGUAAAUGUUGGAAUCUAAAAUAAAAUAAGAAUUAUUUAUCUAGUAUUUGAUGAUUAAGUCAUAUAUAUAUAUUGUGGUUAAUAGCAGGACAUUGAUUAGGAUGUAACAGGUCCUGUAUGUUUUCAAUGAUAAAUAGCAUGUGUCAGUAAGACCUUUAUAUCGUUUUUGCAUGACAGUUAAACAUGUAGUUACUUUAAUCUGAUUAUAAUGGUGGACUAACGGAAAUGGAUUCUGUAAAUAAUGUCACAUCAUGUUCAGUGCUAAAGAGGCGUCAAACCUCAAACUGUACAUGAUGAGGCAGCUGAUGUUUAUGUUGCAGUAGUUUUUUUGUAAUAUAUGGAAGCCCACUUCCACCAGGUCAAUAAUAAUAAUUUAAAAACAUCAAAAGGUUAUUAAAAAAGUGAUGUUCAGACAUCAAGAUUUUAAGCCAUAAAGGAGAAAAUGGAUUAAAACUUGUAAUAAUGAACAGAAAGUGUUCAUGGUAAGACACAAUCAUCAGGCUAAAUUCAGACAUUUAAAGUUACAAUGAUGAUAAAAGUCAUAUUUUGAAAUACUGAGUCAAAACUUUAAGAUAAAAAGUAAAAUGCAGACUCCAAAUUUUGAGAAAAUCAGUCAAUAUCUUGACUGAAGAAGUUGAAAUUAAAAAGAUAGUCAGCCAAACGUUUUACCUUGAUUUAGUAAAUAUUAUUUGGAUUUACUGAAUCAAACAUUUGAAUUAAUAUCUCAUACCUUACCUAAAUAAGAAAAUUGAAAUUUGUAUUUUUUAAAUACUUCUGUCUUUGUGAAUCUUAACUUUGGUUUACUGUGAAUAUUUUAUUAAUGUUUGUCUAAACAUUUACUCUAGUGAUUUUGCGGUGUAUCUGGGCUUCCGUAGUAUUAACUCCAUUUUGUUGUAGUCUUUUCUCGAUGUGUUGCUGUCCGGAGUUGUGUUUUUAUGUCAAUGAUGUGUCAAAACGUGAUUUUGCAUUUUAUUCUUGCAGUCCAAAAACACCUGUGACAUCCUGUAAAAUGUUGUAAAAUGUUAAUGAUAAUACAAAAACUGAGUUUUGGUUGCAGGUGUGGAAGCUGACUGAAUAAUUGUUAAGGAGCUGGUUGUUUUUGACACAAACUCUUCCUGAUGCUGCAUGCUAACGUCAGUCUGUACAAACUCUGUACUUAUCUAGCGUUCUUUUUUUUAUUAACACUUGGUAAUGGUUUGUACUGUACUGUACUGUACAUAGAAUAGUUCCAGAUUGAUUCUUAGUUGCUUCAAAGAAAGCUAUUUUUUCAUACAGCUGAUUAGACGGUAGUUCAGAGGUUCAGUCAAAUGUGCAAAAUAAUGUAGCAGUAGAUUUAGAGAAGGGGAUGGAUUGAUUAUUGGUUUACUGAUUAACCGCUGAUUCUUGACUUCUAUUUAAAAAGUAUUAAUGCAGCUGAUUGAGAACACAUGAUGUAAAAGUUGUUGGUUUUUUUUGUUUGUUUGUUUGUUUUUUAGUCCAGAUCACUUCAAAGUCUGAUGCAAAAAUAUUAAAUAAUUUGUGUGCCUUAACCUCGCACAGGAACACACAGCAAAUCAAAGAUGAAAGAGUUUUUCACGUUCACAGGUUUCUUUGCCCAUUUCUGACAUCGAAAUUUUAAUUCUUUUGUAUGCGAGAAGCAACAGACGCAAAAUGAUUGAACCUUCUGCGUGAUUUCAUCCUAAUAUUUGCAUGUAAAUUUGCACUUGGUGCAAAAAACUUUAAAAAACAUUUAACAAUACUGUCACGAAACCUCUCCUGAUGAAAAAUCCAUCUGUGACAGUAAAAUUUUGAAAUAAUCAAUGUGAAUAUUUAUUUAUUCAUCUUUCAGUCGAUCUGUGGAAUUCAAGAGCAACACAACCACAAGACUUUCUGCUGGUAUCGCACGAAUAUCUACCACUGAAAUUUGGAUUUGGGGUAUUUUUUAAAGACCACUAAUGGUUUCAGAACUUUCUGAAACUUUUCUUGAUGGAACUGUUAGGAGAAAUGUUUCCCCAACUUUGGAAAACGUUCCCAUGGUGUUCCAAACCACAAGUGUCUGUGAGGCUCUUCGAAAUCACCAUCAAUUUGAUCCAUCUCUAUUUGUUUGCUUGUUCUCUCUUCUCUUUUGAAGGAAAUUAAAAAUAAUAAAAUAAAAAGCAGA